UUUCGCAUUCCACCAUUUCGUCUGUUCUUCACACACACACCGCAACAAACAGAUGCACACAGAGAUAGAUCCAUUCAAUGUAUACAUACAGUUCCUAUAUGUAGAGAAAAUUUCUAAUUAAUUUAUGUUAUCACAGAAUGGCUGCGAGUUUCAGGUCGGAAAAAUCAUGAAGAGUUUGUGAUAUUUUUUCCUAGAAAUCUCCGAUUCUAGAUCUCGGUCAAUUCGGCGGCCGAAAUAUUUUUUCUCUUGUGUUGUUGUAUUAAAGGAGUUUUAGAUCGGCUAUUAGGCAGCUUAUAUAUAUUUUUUUUGAGGCGAAAAUGCCGGGGCAUGGGGAUCUGGAUAGGCAAAUAGCGCAAUUGAUGGAGUGCAAGCCUCUAUCGGAGGUGGAGGUGAAGAUUUUGUGCGAUCAGGCGCGGGCGAUUCUGGUGGAGGAGUGGAAUGUGCAGCCCGUGAAAUGCCCCGUCACCGUGUGCGGCGAUAUCCACGGACAGUUUUACGAUCUGAUCGAGCUGUUCCGGAUUGGCGGCAAUGCUCCUGAUACAAAUUAUCUCUUCAUGGGGGACUACGUCGACCGUGGGUACUAUUCGGUGGAGACGGUCACACUUUUAGUGGCCUUGAAAGUUCGCUAUAGAGAUAGAAUCACAAUCCUCAGAGGAAACCAUGAAAGCCGGCAAAUCACUCAAGUGUAUGGAUUCUAUGAUGAAUGCUUGAGGAAGUAUGGCAAUGCCAACGUAUGGAAGUUUUUCACUGAUCUUUUUGAUUAUUUGCCAUUGACAGCACUUAUUGAGAGUCAGGUCUUCUGUUUGCAUGGGGGUCUUUCACCAUCACUAGACACCUUGGAUAAUAUUCGAGCUUUAGAUCGCAUACAGGAGGUUCCACACGAAGGGCCAAUGUGCGACCUUUUAUGGUCUGAUCCGGAUGAUCGUUGCGGAUGGGGCAUAUCACCACGCGGGGCUGGCUACACCUUUGGACAGGAUAUAGCUGCUCAGUUCAACCACACGAAUGGCCUCACCCUAAUUUCUAGGGCUCACCAGCUUGUCAUGGAGGGUUAUAACUGGUGUCAGGAUAAGAAUGUGGUGACAGUGUUUAGCGCCCCCAACUAUUGCUACCGUUGCGGAAAUAUGGCUGCAAUACUUGAAAUUGGGGAGCACAUGGAGCAGAACUUCCUUCAGUUUGACCCAGCUCCACGACAAAUUGAGCCCGACACAACUCGCAAGACUCCAGACUACUUCUUGUGAGCUCUAAGGUCCGUUGCAUGCUUGCAGUUAAUAUUACGGUUGAUGUGUCUUAAGAGAAAAAGAGUGUUGUUAUUCGAGGAUUACUGUCAACGUCAUUCUUUGUUUGGAGUUAGGCCCGGCUCCUGAAUUCCCGUUUUGUUCUUGAGAUACUCACCGGUAACUAACCAUGGCACAGAGAGUAUUUUGUAUAUUUUGUCCCAAAUCCAACUCAAAGCUGAAACAAUUUAUAUGGUGUUCUGUAAUUUAAAAAGGCUUUGAUAGGAUCCAGUUUUCAGAAAUCUCACAAAUAGCAUUGAAAAUAAACUCAUUGCUUGGGAGUGAUUAGCUUCUAGAUUGAUUUUCUUUAUAUAUUUGAGUUAAUGAACCUGAGGGACAAACAAAUAUAUAUACAUUUGUUUAGCUUUCUUGAAAAAAUAUAAUUUCUUAA